GUAUCAUAAAUUGUCAUCUGAUUAAGUUAUUCAUCUUGAGCAGAAAAGAUUCUCCAGUUCCAGAGGUGGAGCCCUAUAUACCAUUCAACAUAAAUCCCGCAGGAAUGCAGCCUAUCCUUGUUACCUCUUAUCUGUUGGCACUUCCCGGCAUCCUUGCAAGUCUUCUUGGUUCAAGGUUUUGGGAACACGUCAGAGACAUUUUGAAUCCCGACACUUCUCAUGGGGCAGAUCCGUGGGUUUACUAUACAGUUUAUGCUUUCUUUGUCUUCCUCUUUAACAUAUUUGACAUUGCCAACAUGCCAAAAGAAAUUGCUGAUUACUUAAACAAGAUAGGCGCUAGAAUUCCUAGCAUAAAGCCUGGAAAAGCCACAAUUGCAUAUUUGACAAAGAUCCAAGCUUCAACACGGUUCUGGGGUGGGCUAUUAUUAAGUGUUUUGGCCACCACAUCUACCAUUCUAGAUCACUAUUUGCGUCGCAUCAAUGAAGGUUAUGCAAUAGGAUUGACAUCAGUGCUAAUAAUUGUAAGUUGAUGGUUUUCAGACUGCAUAGUUUCUUUCCAAGCACAAACAGAUCC